AUGAUGAAUCCUUACAUUAGCUGGGCUCUGCUACUCGUGGUGGCAGUUGGGCUGGGAUGGUAUUAUAAUGUCCCGAAUUCCAAAGCCAAGAACACCGUCAAGCCCGCGGUAGAGAAGAUAGAAAGCGCCACUGGCGUCAAGAAGCCAAAGAAGAAGGCGAAAAAAUCCCCCGAGCCUACUUCAUCCACAACGACCAAGAAGGUCGAAGAGAAGCCCGCAUUCGAAUACAAAGCUACGGAGGGUGAUGAUGGGGAUGAAGAGAUUGACCAGAAGGAGAUGGCCAAGCGUUUUACCGCUGUGAAGAGUGGAAUCCCCGCCCAGGUGAGCGGCAGCGAGGGUAAAUCUCAAAAGAAAAAGAAGAAGUCCGCCAGCCAACUAGAGGCUGAGGCCAGUAAGCGCUCUGGAUCCGGCGUCUCAACUCGCGCCUCCUCCACCGCUGGCGCAGACGCGGACGAUGAUCUCUCCCCCGCGGGGUCCCCGAUGGUGAAGCCUACCGCCUCCUCCGCUGGAUAUGUAUCGGACAUGCUCGAAGCUCCUGCUCCCGGCGCGUCUGUCCUCCGUGUCACCGGAUCCAUGGAAGCGCCGCAGAAGAAGCAGAAGGCUCAAUCUUUUAAGCAGGUUGAAACGAAAAAGCAACGUCAGCAACGGGCGAAGAACGAGGCUCGUAAGCAACAAGUUCAGGAAGCCGAGGCAGAAAGACGCAAGCUCCUCGAGAAACAACUCCACAUGGCCCGGGAGUCUGAGCGCCGUGAGGCGGCUAAGUCCAAGCCCGUUGCGCCUCAGACCAACGCCUGGCAGACAAAGGACGUGAACCCCACUUCCAACGGCACUCAGAGUGUGACUCAGAGCCCCAACACGGAACUGCUGGACACUUUCGAAGCGCCGUCCUCCAAGCAGUCUCCUGCCACUGCCUCGAGCUCGAAGAAGUGGGACCAAGGCCUUCCCUCGGAAGAGGAGCAGAUGCGUAUCUUGGGUGCUGACCCUGUCGAUGACUGGACCACUGUGUCCAGCAAGAAGCCUAAGAAGAAGGGCAGCAAAGCUGAUGAGAGCUUCAGCGAGGCCAGUGCGUCUGAGACUCAGGCGACUCCUGCCGCUCCAGUGGCGGUUCCCACUGCCCCCAAGGUCACUGUGACCCCCACCUAUAUACCCGAUAUUCUGCGCUCGAAGCAGAAGGGACACCCUCUCGACUCCGACUGGGCCGCUUAG